AUGAAACCUGAGGACACACCGUACUCUGACGCCCGCCGGGAGGCCGAGAUUCACGAUGAUUCCAUGACUGACGUCAGCGUGUCGCUUCUUAGCGACGACGGCAAGCAGUGGAAGCGGGCAGACGUCGAGGACGGGAGGCGGACGACACAGCUGAGCCGAUGCGCGAGGACCUGUAGCUUCUUUCGGCGCUGGCGCUGGCUCGUCGAUACAUUUAUGCUGCUCGCCAUCGUUGGUCUGCUCUUGGAGCGAAGGGGCCUACAGUCAACCCCCCGCGACAAGCGUCUCGAGCCCGUGGGCGACCUCACAGGGUUCGCACCAGAGUUCGCCCAGCAAAUCACGACGUUCCACCCAACAACAGACUUCGUCCCCGACGACCCGAAGGAACUCUUCACCAACACCUCGCUCCAGGAGAACUGGCUCUCAAUCGUGCCCAAGGGCCUGGGCUACCUCGAGAUGAAGGACCCGGCGGCCCACGACAACCUCCCCGUGCCGCUGCCCGAGUUCGCGCCGCGCACCGUCUUCACGACGUCCAUGACGCACCAGCUGCACUGCCUGUACGCGAUCCUCGAGGGCUACGCAGGGCUGUACGCCAACGGCAGCGCCGCCGUCAACAAGCACUCGCAUAUCCCCGAGGGGGCGUGGCAUCUGCAGCACUGCUUCGAGUACCUCCGACAGGCCAUCAUGUGCGCAGGUGAUGUCGCGCUGGAGGGCACGCAGACGACGUUCCCCGUGGGCUUCACGGGCAGUGACGGGUGGGAUGCGAAGCACGUUUGCAAGGACUACAAGCAGGUCUACGAUUACCUCGACAAGAACCGGGCUCUGGAUGACCACUGGAUCUGA